GAGUUAUUCAGGCAUGUUCAGUUUGCUCAAGGAUUGUUGUCAUAAACACCCUCUCUAUAUAAGUUCUCUGAGAUGAUGAGCUUCUUGCAGGUUAUCUCCUUACUGGAAGCCUCAUAAUUCUGCAACAAUGAAAACCAUCUUGGCCUGCCUUCUUGUUCUUGCCAUUAGCGUGACACUGUCCAAUGGUUAUUGCUUCCGUGAGUCACUGAGGCCGGGGAUAUCUGGUGGUGUGAUCGUAGGCUGCCUUGACUCAAAUGGAAAGGUGCAUGAAUUUAGUUCCAAGUGGAGGACAGAAGACUGCCAUGAUUGUUCCUGUUACAGGGACGGAAUUCAAUGCUGCUCCAGCUUUGCGACACCAGUUGGCUAUGAUGAAAAGAAGUGUGUAAAGAUCUUUGACAAGGAGACCUGCACUUAUAAAGUAGUGGAGAAACAUGAUUCCUCAAAAGAAUGCCCAGUCCACGGGUGGGUGGGCUAACAGGAUUGUGGAUUUGGGAGAUAUUUCCUCCUUUCCUUUUUUUUUGUUUUUUUUUUUUUUGUUUUAAGGGUGUUCUCUCUCUCUCUCAAAUCCAAAAACACCAAAAAAAAUGCAGCUGUUGAGUGAAAUCUACUCAUAAAACCUAACACAUAAUAAAACUGAAUAGCUACUCACAACAGACUCCCUUGGUUUCUCUGCCUUCUCCUUCCCCAUGAAGAAAGAACUGACUUGUUCUUUCCUUGAGAGCAGAAAUUAAAGACAGCAUUUUAAAAGUAGCAGCUACUGAGGAGGCUUGAAUUCUUCUCCGGUCACACUUCAGUGCCAGGGAGCAUAUUCUCUUAUCUGUGCACAGCUGUAUCUUAAAGCUA